AUGAGAAGACACAGAAGAGAAUGGCCUCAGGAAGACAGAGAAAGAUACCAAGGAAGAAGUGGCCAUCAUUAUGAGGAGCCACAUUCCAGCUACUCCUGGCGAGGGAGCCGAGGCCACCGGUCACGACAUGACGUAGUGACUCCCCCACUGGCGGAACACACCACGGCAGGUUCCCCAAUGGCUGAGUCUGUGGAUUUUAAAACUUAUGUAGAUCAGGCAUGUAGAGCUGCUGAGGAAUUUGUCAAUAUUUACUAUGAGACAAUGGAUAAAAGAAGACGGGCACUAACCAGGCUGUAUCUGGACAAGGCCACUUUAAUAUGGAAUGGAAACGUUGUUACAGGGUUGGAUGCCCUAACUAAUUUUUUUGAGAUGUUGCCUUCUAGUGAAUUCCAGGUCAAUAUGUUAGAUUGCCAGCCAGUCCACGAGCAAGCUACCCAGUCCCAGACUACAGUUCUUGUUGUGACCAGCGGAACAGUGAAGUUUGAUGGAAACAAACAACACUACUUCAACCAGAACUUCCUGCUGACUGCACAGUCGGGUCCUACCAAUACAGUGUGGAAGAUUGCAAGUGAUUGCUUCCGUUUUCAAGACUGGGCUAGCAGUUAAGGGGGGAUUCCAUUCUCCUUUCAUCCAUUAGUUCCAGCAACACAAAUUUAUGUGAAAUUCAUUCAUUUUAUUGUAGAAGCAUUCUAAACUAGUAUGUGAUAAGCUAAAAUUAAUUUCUUUUAAUUUUUUUUGUCCCUGGCAGCACCUUUUCUAGUAGCUGCCAGUUUGAAUCAUUGCCCUUCAGAGCUUUAAUGCUAGGUUUUGACAUGCCUUAUAUACAUUCCAGUAAUGGUGUUCUUAAAGUAAUAUCAAAUACAUGAUUUUGGUACUAACAUUCUCACUGUGAAACCAGCCUAUCACAAAAAUAAAAUCCUUUAUG